CGAUAUCGUCUGACGGUUGAGGUCGCGCGGUGGUUAUAAAUUGUACCGACUCGGUAAGAUAGGAAUGGCCCUUGAUCUAGAAAUUAUUGAUUGAUCGGUUGUUUGGAUCAAUCCCUUUAGUUGGGCAGUUUCAGUUAGUUAAAAGCUAAUUAAGCUGAGAAUAUACACGCAUCUCAGCGGAGGCUUACUGUAACGGCAAUUUCAGCAAACUGAUCGAGUUGCUCACUACAGCUGUCAUUAGGUUUAUCUUAUUCGAAUUCACUCAAUGUACGAUGGGGGAUCAACUACUUUUCGAAAAUCUUGACGAGAAGCUAGAGGAUGAAGAUGGAUUUAUUACUGCCAAUUGGUUAUCUAUCACUUUCGACUUAAAUAUAGAUGCAUCGAGACGUUUGAUGGCGACAUAUCUCCAGACGCGUGAUAACUUGUCAUCUGUAUAUAUACUGACUGGGAUCAGUAAACAAAAUGAUAUAUUAGUUAAGUUGGCCAAUUCAGACCAGUUAUCACUGGCUCAUAAGUCGUUCUCGUUCCCACCUAAGUGUGUUGUGUAUAGUAUACAACGCCGAAAGUGCAAGGAUUCUUUAUCAUUGGCUUGCUACGAUUUAUUGCAUAAUAUUUCUACAUAUCAAUUGAAAAGAUUAACUAGUAUUCCGUGGGAGUCAUCUUCUGGUCCACUCUCAUGUCGAGAAAAUCAAGAGACUGCACAGAAAGCUCCGGAACAUGUUGAUUCUCCUGUGUUACCGAGUCUUGCUACCAGUGGAUGCAAUAAAAAAACUAAAACUUCAGAUUUCAGAAACUUUUUCAGUAAGACUGAAAAGUCUGUCCAGGAUGAUAAAAUGCUUGAAAAUUAUUUGGCUCCAAACACUAGAAAUGAUAUAGUUCCCAAGCCAGUAGAAAGUGUGAAGCUGAACGUAUCGGACGAAAACGAAGAAUUCGGUUUGAAAACUACAUAUUCUUCACAAAAGCGGAAACGUAUUGUCAUUGAAUCCGAUGAGGAAGAAGAAGGGAGUGGUACGAUGCCUAAGGAUUGCCUGUCUACUAAUUUACUUAAUUCUAAAGCAAGUACGAAACUUAGAAACAAUGAUAUACAGAAAAAGCGACUUACUCGUGGUAAAGAUAAACUGAAAGUGUUAGCUUCUGACUCAGAAACUGAUUCAUUUUUCAUGGAACCUACACAAUCAGAAAAAUCACCCGAUGAUGUUAAGAAAAUCAGUGUUAAAACUUCGUCAACACCAAGUAAAUGUGAAGAAAAUUCAAGAACUGAGAAAUCUAGCAGUGCUGCUCGUUCAAAUCGCAUUCGCCACCAUGUAAUGAAAACGUUUGCUGAUGAAGAUGGCUUUAUGGUUACAGAAAAAGGCUGGGAAUGUUCGUCAGACGAUGAAACAUCUAAACCUACAAACGCAACCUCUCCUCCUUGUACGGAUCAAAACGGGAAAAAUGAACGUGUUGGGCAACCAAAAAUUGAUAAUCCUGUCCCUCUAACUGCACCGCCAACGAUUCAACAGACUAAGCCACCCAAGCAGCCAAACAAAAAGAACACGAAUAAUAAGCCGGCAGUUAGUAGACAAGCUUCACUGUCAUCAUUUUUCAAACCCAGUAAUACUGGAAGCUAAUUACUUGAAGAUCCAAUUGGUAAUUAUUUUCUGAUUCUCUUAUGGAAUCUUUGUGUAAAGAAGAUUUAUUCAUGAAAAUAAAACAUUUUCUGUGUACUAGACGUUUGCUUUUGUAUUUAUUUGGCGCAAAAGUUCAAAUGCGAG